AUGACUACCACUGCUAUUACAGCUGAAGAACGCAGCGAAUUAUUUGUUGCUGCUGCCAAAGCUAAGGAAACUUCAUACUCUCCCUACUCAAAGUUCAGAGUAGGUGCUGCUCUUUUGGCCGAGGAUGGUACAAUUUUUAAAGGUUGCAAUGUGGAAAAUGCUUCAUACGGAGCUGCUAUUUGUGCCGAAAGAACUGCUUUUGUAAAAGCUGUGAGCGAGGGACAAUCUAAAUUUCGCGCACUGGCUGUUACCUCAGACCAAACCGAAUUUAUUUCCCCUUGUGGUAUUUGCAGACAAUUUAUUUCUGAAUUUGUUAAAAGAGAUAUGCCUGUUUAUUUUGUAAAUACGUUAGGAGAACACCAAGAAUACACAUUUGAACAAGUUUUGCCAUUUGCAUUUGGUGUGGUUGAAUCCGAAAAAUAUUUAAUUUAA